GACUCUUUCGACUCCUUCGACUCUUUCGACUCUUUCGACUCUUUCGACUCUUUCGACUCCCUCUCCUCUCCUCUCCGACCUCCUCUUUUUCUCCCGCCUCAUCGUCGACGUGCUGACUGCACUGCACUGCACUACACUGUAAUUGCUGCUCCCUUUGCCAUCGCUAUCGCCAAAUACCCCCUUCGUUUCUCGCACGCCUGCUGCCUUCUGUUUUGUGAGUACCUUGCUGUUUUCUUGUCCCUGGCCACCCUGGAUUCCGUAGCCUGGAUUGGACGGUCUAAAAUUAGGGAUUCAUCGCAACAUCAACAAACGACUCAGCCUCUCGAAUCGCCUCCCCAAACUCCAUGUCACCAGCGAGCGAACGACAUCACCGAUACCGAUGUGAAGGGUGGGACUACCUGCGGGUCUUAGAUCAUCAUCGUCGUCACAUCGACACUCUUUUCAGCCUUCGCUCGCACUCUAACACGACUACUGGCGUGUAUCCCUUACCUCUAGAACAAAUCUUGCCCGAAUCACGGUGGCAGUUGUCGUGCAUUGCAUGCAACCCGUCACGAUUGCUUCCACUUGGUCAACCCACCAGUCCCAGGCACCGGCUACCCGCAUAAGUUCUUGAACAUUUGCUAAUUCCAACCUCCUGGUUCUUCCAGCCAGAAGACCUUUCUCUCCUUGAGGCUUCAUUGACGACCACAUACCCGAUUCUUUUCGUACCACUUGUUUCGAUGCACAGCAUACGACGUGAUUGAACAAUACGGCAGAUACUCUACCCUGAUUCUAACCUAUCCACGAUAUAAUAUCUUCCAUAUUUGCAUUACUGCACGGCCUGCUUGUCGUAUGAGUUCGAGAACGAUAUACAGUCGUUCUCGAUCAUAAUCUUUACUACAUGCCGAAGUUUCCCAAAGGAUUCGGGCGGCGCAAAUCGACCGCGAAUGAGCUGGACGUGGCUCAAGGGACAACCUCUGAACCAUCAUUCAAGGUGUUCGAGCGUGAAGACGGCGCGGGUCGUUCAUUCGACGGGGGAAAGAAGUUCGCGAAAUCGGCAACAGUGCCGUUGAGACCAAAGACCUCGACAGUUGAUGACGACAACAUGUUCGAGAGCAUUUACAAUCGUGACAGUGGUGCUUCCAACACCAAUACCAUCUCAACCACUGAUAAUUCAUCUCGACUGAGUGCAGCAUCUACAGCUCCUUCAUCUACGGAUCUGCCGCGACGGGACGACUGGAAGUCACCUCAUGACAAACCAUUCAGCGACAUCCCGUUGCCUCCAGUACCAAAAUCAGCAUCUGCUUUCUCACUGAAGAAUGCCGGCCGCACUCUAUCUUGGGGAAGACACAGUAAAGGGCAAACUCCACCUCCUCCGAUAUCAAAAGAACCACAGUCGCCUGUACUUGAUGAGGAGCAGACGGGCAGACAGAGAGCCGUGACAGCCUCGAGUUACGCAAGUACAGCAACUCCUCCAAAAUUAGAUGAGAGAGAUCUGGGUUUGAGCCUCGGAGGGGAUUUUUCGGAUAUGUUCAAUGGUAUUGACAAGCGCAGGAGUGCCGUCAUGGAUGCUGAAACAAACAGAGCCAUGUCACGGAGCCCGGACACCGCCCCCUCUGGUCCUGCAAAUCGUUCACUCACUGCCAGUCGUUUCAACCAACCUUCCCCGCUGAACAUCGACAAGAGCAAGCAGAUUGAGCCAUCGCAGUAUUCAUGGAGUAGCCAACAUUCUCAUGAAGGUUUAAUGGCCGGUGCAAGCCCUGUUUUUGCACCCCAUAAUACACCUCCCCCAGUCCCACAGCACAAUUCUACUACACGCACGACAAAUGACAGCCCAGCAUCCUAUAGUCGACCACAAAGACCAGGUGGGCCACUAAGCGGACUCCGACGUAGUAGUGCCAUCAUGGAACCAAAACGACAAUCCACCCUGGAAUAUGGAGAUGCCGUUGAUGAAGACGCCAGGCUUCUGCGGGAGUCAAUCAGUGCAAGUCGACGCAUGAACGAUACUGGUUAUGAGUCGAAGGUUCGUGAUAGUUGGGCACUUCCUUCGGACUCUGGGUACAAGGUGGACGAUGCAACAAUUGCAAGCUGGGGUACUGGUUCUGUUGAUGCAACGCCAAAAGCACGGAAACCUGUUGCAAAAGUCUCCGAGGACAAUAUGUUUGACGUUCACAUUGCAGCUUCUGCGAACUUAGCACAGCGAUUUAACGAAAAAGCUUCAUCGCCGUUGAUGGGGCAAGCCGCCCCCCAGAAUAAGGUUAUGACGCCAGCACAGUUUGAACGGUACAAACAGGACCAGGAGCGUCUCAGGGGCUUUGGAGGUCAGGCCAAGGAGGAUGACGAGGACGAGGAGGAAGAGCCAUAUGAUGAUGAUGAAGACGAGGCCGAGAAGAACAAACAGCUCGCCAAGCAACGUCGCAAACAGGAGGCCCAUAUGGCGGUGUAUCGGCAGCAAAUGAUGAAGGUUACUGGAGAAUCACUUCCUCCGGCUCGCCCUAGUAUGUAUGCGACACAGAGCAGUCCAAACCUGGCCAAUGGUGUUGAGGACGGCGAGGAAGAGGAUGAGGAAGUUCCACUAGCCAUCUUGCAAGCACAUGGAUUUCCUAAUAAGGGCAAGCAGCCCGUAAGAAAUAUGGCCAGCAACCCCAACCUUCGGUCUGGAGCCCAGUCAACUGCCGGAGGUGUUGUUGGUGCGGAUAGCAGACUGCCAGUCUUCGCCAGAAACUUGCCUCAGGAUCCGUAUGUUGGUGCAGGUUUGGUGAACCCAAUGCACAGGGAAUCUCUGGCAUUUGGUGGCGGAGCUGGCUCUGUAAAUGGUGGUGCCGCUCCCAGGGGUUUGCCUCCUGGAGGUUUGGUUGGAGUAAUUGCGACAGAAGAGCGUUCUCGAGCUAUGAGGAGAGGUAGUCCGAAUCCCCAAGGCGACUACGGGCCACCCCAGGGUAGUGGGUUUAACCCCAUGGGGAUGCAACCACAAGGAGGCGGUAGCAUGUACAAUGGUAUGGGGCCAAUGGGUCCUAUGAACCCAAUGAUGAUGACUGCUGGAGAUCAAGCACAGAUCCAAAUGUCACAACAAAUGCAGCAGUUCAUGCAGAUGCAGAUGCAAUUCAUGCAAAUGAUGACUGCUGGCGGCCAGGGUCCACCAAAUGGGCAUUUGACUCCACAAGGUGUAGCAGAGAUUCCGCGUCCUGGUAGCGCCCAGCAGCUUCGUCCAGGUAGCUCCCAUAACUUCGGCACCCAUCAACGAGCAAUGACCAUGUUGGAUCCAAAUUCAGUGCCAUGGAUGCAGGGUGGGAGCGGGAGCAUGUACUCGCCCUCAAUCCAUGCCCAGGGAGGCUAUGCCCCGUCUAUCGCUCCAUCUGAGCGAAGCAACGUUGGACUGCCGGGCCGGUAUAGACCGGUGUCACAAGCUCCCCCACAAGCACAGGAGAACAAAGCGAGAGCAUCAACCAUGUCAGGUCUCGGCUGGGAGAGCAAGAAUGGCUCUACCAUCAAGAUGGUGAAGAAAACAACCAACGCCUCGGACGAAGAUGAUGAAGAAGGAUGGGAGGAAAUGGCGAAGAAGAGGGAGAAGAAGAAGUCUCUCUGGCGAACCAAGAAAGACAAGGACCAUAACGGACUCAAGGAAAUGAUGGGAUACGCACAAUGAUGUGUCGGGUGCAUAGAUUCUGGACGAGAUGAGUAAAAUCUGUCACAUACAUACUGCAUUGGAGCAUAUUGGAUGGCGUUCAAAGAAUUGGAUCGCAGUUUUGGAUCAACGUAAGCAAGCUAUGUUGAUGUUGCAAACCAGCCAAAGCAAAGUUGGCACGCGUAAUAGUCAUGCAUGUCAUGGACUUGUAAUAAUAUAAUUCAGGACACCCAGCUUGA